UGAGCGCGAAGGCGAGGCCCGCGCGGGCCGGGCAGUGGCUGAGAAGAAAGGCUGCGCCCGACACGCGGCGCCUCCCGAGAGCGGAUGCCCACCGCCCUUUCUCGAACCAAGGUCCAGCUAGCCGGCGGGCGGCGAGCUGUUCCGCUACUGAGACGCGCCACCCCACUCCCGGCGCUGGGACUCGCUUCUAUCCCCUGCUUCCCGCGGGAACUGACUCGGAGCUGAGAUUUGCAGUCCUGGCCAAUCAGAGGCGAGCGGCGCGAAGACGAAUUCUGCAGAGUGUGGGCGUGCCAGUCAGGUUGGGAUCCCAAGGGGGAGCGGCGUGUCGGCCUAGGUGUUAAGUGCAUCGGCCUCCAUGUCCCGCCAGACCCUUCCGGGUGCCUCUGCACCGCGCGCCAGCUGCCUGGACUUAUGGAGAGAAAAGAACGAUCGCCUUGUUCGACAGGCCAAGGGAGUGAUGGCUCAGGAGUGUGGCGUCAGACGGCAGCAAUUGAUUCAGAACAUACUGCAGGGCCUCAAGGAGGUCCUCCUCAGUCUGCAGGGGCUCCCUGCAGCUGUUCCUGUUCUCCCCUUGGAGCUGACCAUUACCUGUAACUUCAUUAUCCUGAGAGUGAGCCUGACUCGGGGUUUCACUGAAGACCAGGCUCAGGAUAUUCAACAGGCCUUAAAGAGAGUGCUGGAGACCCAAGAGCGGCUGGGGCCCGGGUUGGAACUGGGGCUCAGGGAGCUCUGGGACACCGUCCUCCACGCUUCCUGCCUUUUGCCGGACUUGCUCCCUGUCCUGCAUCUCUUGGCUGGCCUGCAGGCAGCCUUUUGGCUGAGCACUGAGCAUCUUGGGGACCUGGUCUCGUUGCUGCAGACAUUGAAUGGCACCCAGAGCAGAGCCUCUGAGGAUCUGCUGUUGCUUCUAAAAACUUGGAGCCCUCCAGCUGCAGAGUCAAGUGCUCUGUUGAUUCUGCAGGAUGCCCGGAGUUUAAGAGAUAUCCUUUUGACAGCAUCUGCCUUCCGCCAAGGCCUGCAGGAGCUGAUCACAGGGAGCCUACCCAAGGCAUUGAGCAGCCUGCAGGAAGCAGCCUCCAGUAUGUGUUCCCGAUCUGUGCUAGUCCAGGUGUAUACAGCACUGGGGAACUGUCUCCGAAAGAUGGGAAAACCACAGAGAGCACUGCUCUACUUAAUUGCAGCUCUAAAAGAGGGGUCUGUCUGGGGUCCUCUUCUUCUGGAGGCUUCCAGAUUAUACCGGCAACAGGGGGACACAACAGCGGAGCUGGAGAGUCUGGAGCUGCUGACUGAGGCCUUGAGUGUCACUCAAGCUCAUAGCUCUAAAGCCCCCCAGGUUUUCAUUGAGGUAGAACUGCUACUCACACAACCUGACCCAGCCUCUCCCCUUCACUGUGGUACCCAGAGCCAGAUCAAGCACCUGCUGGCAAGCCGAUGCCUACAAAUGGGGAGGGCAGAAGAUGCUGCGGAGCAUUACUUGGAUCUGCUGGCCCUGUUGUUGGAUGGCUCAGAGCCAAGGUUCUCCCCACCCUCAUGUCCCCCAGGGCCCUGUAUGCCGGAGGUGUUCUUGGAGGCUGCCUUAGCGCUGAUCCAGGCCAGCCGAGCCCAGGAUGCUCUGACUGUAUGUGAGGAGCUGCUCAGCCGCACAUCAUUCCUGCUUCCUAAGAUGCCCCGGUUGUGGGAAGAUGUCAGAAGAGGAACCAAGGAAAUGCCACACUGCCCACUCUGGGUCUCAGCUGCCCACCUGCUUCAGGGUCAGGCAUGGGUUCAACUGAGGACCCAAAAGGAGGCAGUCAGUGAAUUUAGCCGUUGUCUUGAGCUGCUCUUUAGAGUCAUGCCUGAGGACAAAGGCCAAGGAGCAGCCUCCAACUGUGAGCAGGGGUGUAGGUCAGACAUGACACUGCAACAUCUUCGGGCUGCUGCUCUGAUCAGUCGUGGACUGGAAUGGAUAGCCAGUGGCCAGGAUACCAAAGCCCUGCAAGAUUUCCUCCUCAGUGUGCAAAUUUGUCCAGGCCACAGAGAUGCUUCAUUCCACCUGCUUCAGACUCUGAAGAAACUGAACCGGAAGGAUGAGGCCAGUGCUGUCUGGUGGAAGCUGAAGGCCCCGACUCAGCUGCCACAGGAGGAAGCUACUCGGUCUCUCCCAUUGUACCUGGAAGCAUACUUUAACUGGAUUCAUCCACCUGACUGCGAAACCCUUCUUGAAGAGUUCCAGACUUCACUAGCAGAACCUUGUUGACCUGUGGCUGCCACAUUUCCAAGAUCUUGAGCUGGGACUUCAGUAUACCAUCUCUUUGUGGGGAGAGCUUUUUUUCUCUCUUGCCCUUGAAUAAUGUGGCUGGAGUUGUUUAUUCCUGUAUAAUGCCUGUACUGGUAAGGUUGGAGAUAGUCCUAUGAAAAUUGUCCCAUUUACUGCCAUUCUUUUGCCAGAGGAAGCACUGCCUACCACCAAGAAGUCAUUGCCUUUGAUCAUGACACCUUUUUUUCUGUUUUCUUUUUUCCUAUGUUGAACAGAGUUCAUGUUUCUUGGCCGCCUACUACACAUAGUUGAAUGUUGUUAAUCUAAGGUGCCCUCUGCCAACAUUUUUUAUUUUUUUCAGGUGUAAGGGGGUUGUGCUGGGGAUUAAACUCAGGGUCUCACAAUUGAACCCCUAGCUGUUCAGCAUGUUUUAUGAGCUCAAUGUCUGGGUGUGAGAAACAGCUACACUAAUCCUUACUCUGGAAGCAGUACUUUAGAUUUUUCUGUUGCCUAAAAGCAGAGCCAAGCCCAGAAUCCUGUGCUGGGUUUAUGUAAGUGAGUUAGGUCUGGUGGGUAAGCUACAUAGGCCUCUCAAGACAUGGCAGGUGUGGUACUUUAUACUUAAGAGAUGGGCAGACCUCUUCUAAAAUAAUUCCCCAACUGGUCCCUAUUAGAAAUUGGAUUUGUCUCAGUCAAAUGUGUCUGUGUAGAUAGGAGUUGAAGGGUGAAAUGAGUCAACAUUCACCAAGAGCUGCUCAUUGACAGCAUCAGGGCCAGCCAUCAUCUUGGGCCGAAGACUUCUGGUUCCAGCAAACAAUGGUCUGCUCCCUUAAACUAUUGAAUCGAUUGUGCUCUAUGGUUGUCUUUUUUUGUUUGUGUAUUUGAGACAGGGUCUCACCUUGUAGUCUAGGCUGACCCUGAAUUCAUUAUGUAGCCCAGGUUGGCCUUGAACUCCCUGUGAUCCUCCUGGCUCAGCCUCCAGAGUGCUGAUUAAAAGGCAUGCACCACCAUGCUUAGUUGUGGUUAUCCUUUGCCCUUUCUGGACUUAAGUGCCCUACUAUGGAACUGGUAUUAGUGAAACAGAGUUAGAGUCUAAGGACAGUAGCCCCAAAGUGGAGUCGGCUGAGUCAUGAGCCUUCAAGGAACUGACAAAAACGUGUGACAGGUAUCUUUCCUAUGUCUGGGGCUUCUCCAGAGCAUGACUGGCAUGCAUUGGUUCAAGGGCAUAUUGGUUCUGCAUGGAUACUGUGAACAUUGUACAGGUUGGGCCCUAAAAAAUAAGUCUUCUAAGGUUGAGAUAUUGCUUACACAAUGGCGCAAGCUUCCUUCUAAAUCCCUUAAAAACCCUUAGACAAAGAGCUCUUGUGAUUAUAGCCGCUGUGUGAGCUUUACUUGCCUUUGUAUCUUAAAUAAAUUUGCUGGUACUUUA